GUAUUUGAAUUUUUGUUUUUUUGUACGACAAUUCGACGGUUCUAAUUGUACUAUAUUGACAAAGUGAAACUUUUAAUGAGACGCACAAUUUUUACAUGAGUUUUUAAGGUAAACGAUGAUUGAGGAUAUACCAUCACAUUCUCUAGACAUGGAUAAUUUAGUAGAAGAUGAUGAUGUGAUAUUCAUAGAUGAUGUUGAAGAAGUGGUAAAUGCAUAUGAUACAGGAGAUAGUGAAGAGGAAGAUGCAAUGGAGGAAGAUGAAGAUCUAGUUUUUGUUUUCAGAGGUCAUGAAUUAGGUUCCAUCUUUUGUGGUUCUUUGAGCAAAAAUGGGAAACUUGCUAUUACAGGCGGAGAAGAAGAUAAAGCUUAUGUUUGGGAUACAUCAACAGGAGAAAUUAUUUUGGCUUGCAUAGAUCACAAAGACAGUAUUAUUUUUUCAGCAUUUAAUCAUGAUGAAACAUAUGCGGCUACUGGAGACAUGAGUGGUAUAAUACAAGUUUGGAGAUUAGUUGAUAAAAUCAAGAUUUGGGAUUACAACAUGGGUGAUGCUACUUGGAUGAUGUGGCACAUAGCUGCAAAUGUCUUAUUAGCUGGAUCUAUUCAUGGGGAAAUAUAUAUGUGGAAAAUACCUGAUGGUGAUUGUAAAGUUUUUCAGGGAUAUGGUUGUCGGGCUGAGACUGGUGCAAUGUUUUUAGAUGGCAAACGUAUAGCAGUAGGUUAUGAAGAUGGAGUUAUUAGGGUAUUAGACUUAAAAACAUGUUCUGUAUUGUCAACUAUAUCUUCUGCACUGGGUCAUUCUUCUACUAUAACUGCAAUUGAUUGCUAUUCAGAUAACAAUUUAAUAAUUUCUGCAGCUGUAGAUGGAAAAACUAUAAUUAGUACAUCAAAUACAGGAAAGAUAGUUUCUGUUCUGCAAAAUUUUAAUAAUGUCAAGCAUGUUGUAAAUGAUGAUCAAGAUGCUGAAAGCAGUGAUGGAAAUAAUAAUUGGGUAGAGACAGUAGCUUUUUGUAAAGAUCCUACAUUUCAAGUUGCUGCAACUGGCACAAUAUCAGGAGAAAUCUUUAUCUGGGAUAUCUUAAAACAGGUACUUAGACAAACGAAAAUCCAAGAAAGCGGUGUAUCUAAGCUUGUGUGGAAGGGAAAUACCAGUAUACUAUUUUCGGCAGGAUUAGACGGCUUAUUGAGGUGCUAUGAAGCAAAAAGUGGUCAACGUUUACGUACAUUCUUAAGCCACAAAGCAGAUAUUCUUGACCUUUAUAUAUCAGAGAAUGGAGAAAAGGCAUUAACAACAUCCGAUGACUUUACAGCUAAAAUCUUUGAUAUUUCAUCUUUGUCUUAACAAAAUUUAUUUUUGUUGUUCCUCAGCGAACAAUUUUUU